UUGAAGGAGGUUAAUAAAAUUUUAAAUGAAACUGUCUCAGAGCUGAAAUCACUGAGAGAAGAUGAAGAAGUGCAGACCUUAUUGAAUGUCGUAGAACUAGCUGACAAACCAAGUAUUUUUACACAUCCAAUAGCUGAUAUAGUUCGUGAGCUAACUAUAGGUGAUGAAAUAAAGAAGCAAAAUGAACCAGUGAUUGAUGAAGAAAAAGCAAUUGAACAAACUGAGCAAAUCUCCAAACUGCGAAAAUUAUCUCGACGUUCAGCGAGACCAACAAAACCCCCGAGAGCUUCUAGCAUGCCAAAAUCAAGUAAUGCUAGCAUAAAUUUGAAAAAACACAGUUCCAGGGAAAGUAAAGUAGCAUCUAGAGCUAGCCAGAUUACGCGGUCAAGUCAGGCCAGCAACUCGAGGAAAAGUAAAAUGAUCGGAUCGAGUGAGGGUUCUCAUUCAUCAGAGGAAAUAAUUCAUAUUGUAAAUGUGGCUAUUAACAAAGACCUUCAAAAAGAAUUGAAAUGUGAAGUUGGAGUAGAUAUUUUCAUGGAGAUGCCUUGGAAGAUAGUAUCAAAAGAUAGUAUUUUGAAAUCAAUAAAUCGAGACGACAAACAAUCUCCAUUUUACGAAUACACUUCAAGUUUCCUGAAUUAUCCAGAAGAGGAGGUUCUUGUUGGACGAGCUACAUUACUAGAAUGUGACUCGUUUUUAGUAGCAGUUACUUUAUAUGGAAGAAAUUUACUUUUAGAAGAUAUAAAAAAUACUCAUUUAAAGAGAUGGGAAAAAGUGAUGAUGAGGUUUAAUCAUCCAAUUAAAACCUGGAAAAGUCUUGGCACAGAAGAGGAAAUGGAUACUGCUGGAAUUAAGCAUACAAGACCUUCUAUAAGUUUCGACUGCUAUAUAAAAAAGGAUCAUCAUGAAAAACUCUUCUCUGAAGGAUUUGAUGUUGUAGAUUACUAUACUGAACUGAGAGAAGAAGAUCUUCUGAUGAUAGAAAAUAUUGAAGGAGUUGUUUUUGACAAACAAACCCAGGGAUGCCCUCUCACUCGGGAAUCUUAUGCUCAAACAGUACCAGAAAUCCCAGUGAAUGCAGCAACACAAUUCACCACAGAAAUGAGGGUAGAAGAAUAUAAGCAACGGCUCGAAGAACUAGACUUAAAUUAUGAAUUGCUGAAUGAGAAGUUGAAAGGUUUUUUUUACAAAAUAGAUAAUCUUCUAACUUACAAUGAAGAAUAUGACCUCUAUAGAGAUGAUUAUAAAAUAUUGGCUGAAAAAGGAGAAGAAAUCUCUAUGUACCCAAAUAUUCCAUAUGAACACUAUGCGACAAUGAUAACAUUUAUCGGUACCAAAGACAAAGUUAUUACUGCUACUUCAUGGCAUCCAAGUCAAGCUGGCAUAGUAGCUGUUUCUUAUGGAAGAGAGCAUAUUGCCAAAGUUGGUGAUCUUAAUGAGAAUUCUGACGAGGAUGAUGUUUUUGAUGAAGAAAAAGUAUUUAACAGUUUUCCAACAUCAAAUCAGUUUGACGAGCACAUUGAAAAUCUGUGGAAAAUGCAGAUUCAUAAGUUAGAAAAAAAUAUGAAGAAAGGCAAGCAUGAUACAAAAGAUUACGAUUUAGCUACUGUAUCAACUGAAUUUCUCCUACAAACAAAGCAAAUAAGGCUUUUUGAAAUUAUUCAAGAAAAAAAACGGAUCCUAAAAAUGCCGGAUGCUGAAGACUUAUAUCAAGAAGAAAAGUUUGAAUAUCCAUUAUUUGAUAGAUCUAAAAAAAAAAAAAAAGAUGAUCAGAAUGUGACUAUUGAUAGCCUAAUAAAUAAAGUAAUGCGUGAAAAACCAGAGUUUCUGAAAAGGGAUAAUUUAUUUUCAGGAAAUUUUCAUUGGAAAUUAAAGAUGGCUGAUGAAAUAAUUAACCCAGUAGAUCUACUGAUAACGAUGAGGGGAGGUACAGUUCCCGAAAAAUUUGUCAGGACUUUUCUUUUUCCUGUGAUAUGGGGUGAAACCUGGUUUUUUGGUGAUGAUUUGAAAUAUGAAGCUAUAGAAGUUAAUAAGGAUUUUAGAGAAUCUGCUCUUAUGGCUUUAGGAACACCAACUGUACCUGAAUCAAAAGUAUUCCUCCCUGGAUACAAAGUUGAAAGCAACAUUGAUUAUACCCUUGAAAUGAAUCCAUGGCAAUGGAUGGAUGCCUGGGUCGAACAUUGUAAACGCUGUGAGGAAAAUAAUGUACAGUCCCCUGAUGAAGAUGAAGAAUGCGAUCUCCCUGAAUCAGAUGAAAGUGAUGUUGAAGAUGCAUUUGGAUUUUUAUUUUUAAGAAAUAUGCCAUUGUACGAUGUAGUAUAUGAACAUGUCAAUCUGCAAUACUUUUUGUGCAAUCGUAAAGACUGUGGCCAUUGCCCAUAUAUCAUUAAUAAUAUCAUGAAGAAGGAAGGAAUAGAUCAUAUUUGCCUUAAGAUAAUUAUGAAUGAAGAUAAUCCUAAUGAAGUUGAAAAAGUUAUUGCUUUACCUUAUGAACAUGUACAUGGCAGUUUUGAAAAAAAAGAAGAUAAAGUAGUACUGCAAAAGAAGAAGAAAAAAAAUGAAGAGGACAAUGAAACAUUUGAAGAUGAAUUUGAAUUGCCAUUUUGUAGCUCUGAAAAUGGUUGUUUAUUUAGGAAAUUGUUACCAGAUUACCUUAAAGAUUCAAGAGCCAAGAGAUUAUAUUGUGAUCAGUGUGGCAGUGUCGAAAAUAGUGAGAACAAGGAUUUAGAUGGAUAUGACUUAUUUUUACAAGAAUCAGAAAAAAUCAUCAAUGAAUCAGAUUCAAUUAAUAAAGAUACUACUACUAGUGAAUCUGAUGUUUCUAACAUUGUUUGGGAUGAAGAAUGUAUUGAUAAUGUUGGACAUUUUCUUGAUGUUAAUAAAACUUGUACCGAUCAGAAUUCAUUGAAAGAUAAAGGAAGUGUUCAGGAUACCGCAGAAAUUCAACAUGUGGAUGAGUAUCAAAAUGAUAAAAAAUGUGCUCGUACAGUUAUAAAUCCAAUUGAUCUAAGUGAAAAAAUCAAGCAGUUGAGAUGUGAUGAUAAAUCUGUACAUAAUGCAGAAGUUACCAUCAAUUCUGGAAACCAAGAAGAUGAUGAGAGUUCAGUGGUCCCAUUUAAUGAAUUUUUCAAUAGCGAAUCUACAAAUAAAGUAAAGUCUGAAAUCCAUACUGAUAAUGAGAAUAAACCUGAUAUGGUUCUUGUUGGCGAUACUAUGGAAGUGAAACAUCAUAUGGAUAAAUUUAGUUCUUCAAGUAGUUCUGUGACAUUUAGAUCAGCUGCGGAAAGUAUCGAUGAUGAUGAUGAUGAUGAUGAUGAAGAACCAGUACUAAUGAAUAGAAACAGAAGUAUUAAAAGUAUUCGAGAACAUAGUAGAAUAUCAAACAGAUCAUCAAAAAUACUUCCUGAUAAGAACACUACUUCAGACAAUCAAAAUGGUAAAUCAGAAAUUUAUUCUAAAAAAAGUAAGCCAAACACUAUAGAAUUCAAAGAUGACUCUGAGGGUGAAGAAGUUCGUUUGAAUAUCAAACAUGUCCUAGAUGACCCUUAUGAUGAAAGUAGGGACUUCGAUGAAAAGACAAAACAAAUUUUGGACGAGGAGGUUGCAAAAUUAAAUAGUGGUCUGAGCUCAAAAGUAGUUAACAGACCAUUUGAGGUUAUGUCAAGUGUUGCUAGUUCACACGGAUUAAUUGAAAAUAGUGAUGAUGAAGAGGCAGUGGAUAAACUAAACUUAGUCCAUCAUGUUGCUAUCUGGAGCCUUGGAAAUGAUAUAAAGCCAAUGCAAAGACUUAUAAGUCCAUUUGAAUUAACAUGUAUUAGCUUCUGUCCCUAUAAUGGAAGAUAUUUGAUUGGAGGAACUACUACAGGACAGGUUGUAUUAUGGGACCUGGAAGGUAUAUUAGACCAUGAAGAAUUUAACAUUGAAGAAAGAAGUGACUUUGAUCUUAUUGGAUUCAAACACUUGGAGUCUAAAGAAUAUGAGAUCAAGUCUGCCCUGCACCACUAAGCUCAAGGGAUCCUAUAUGUUCCAGGAGCGAGUUAUGUGCUGGUUUAAGCGUAUCCGACCUAAUCAGACAGCCAAAAGUCGUUUAUACAUAACAGCUAUAUCCAAUAGAGCUACUUCACACAUGGAUAGGAUUGUUGAUAUCAAUUGGCUGCCUCCUAAUGUGAAGCUUUCACAAAGCUCUGGAAAGUUUGAAGAAUUUGAUGCUAAAGAUGGAUAUUCUUUGCAAUUUUUGUCAACUUCUGUUGAUGGAGUGAUUCUAUGUUGGGAUUUGAAUUCUCCUCCAUCACCUUUUACUGAAGCUCAUAUUAAUAAGUAUUCUUUCCAACGCCCUGGACAGUUCAAAUUGCCCAAAAAUUCUAGAAGAUCUGAAUCAAAAUUUAAGGAAUUGUAUUUGAGAUGGAAUCCAUUUUACAAGAUAAGGCUUGAGCAACGUGACAAUCUUAGUGUAAAAAGGUUUGAACUCACCUCUGUAUCUCAUGAUCAAACCAUUUAUAGUUAUGAAAAGGAUCUAAAUAUGUCCAAUAAAAAAACAAUAAGCAUUGAGUUGGAACAAUACUACAAAGUUGAAUCUGUGGGCAUAGAUGCCAUGCAGUAUGAAGCAUUGGUUGGAACCAUUGACGGCAGUAUUAUAUUAUUCACAUGGAAGCGUUCAGACCAAGAAGCAUAUGAUGAAAAAGAAGGAAUAGCUGGUUCACCUGUUUGUUUCUUUAAACAAAUUCAUGAUGGUCCAAUAAACAAAAUAAGAAGGCAUCCUACCAACAACCAAAUUUUUCUUAGUUCUGGAGGGCAUGUUUUUGGCCUCUGGAGAAAAGACCAGGAAGAACCCUUGAAGUGGAAGAGAUACGCUGAAUAUUAUAUAACUGCUAUUGGAUGGUACCGACAUAGGCCAAGUACCUUUAGAGUUGGUCGUUCCGAUGGUUGCAUGGAAGUUUGGGAUAUGUAUGAAAAUGGAAAUGAACCGAAAAUGACUGUACAAAUUUCAACUGGAGCCCUGUAUGAUUUUAUUGUUCCAAUUUUGCCAGUACCUAUUGGCCUUUUUGGAAUAACAGACUACAGAGGUAUUUUGAAAUUCUAUGUCAUACCUUGGCAAUAUCAGUUUCCAAGAGACAAUGAGAGAGAACUAUUUUUCAAUAAAGUUGAAGCUGAACAUCAAAGGAAACUUCUCAUGGAUAAAACAGCUGAUAAAGAUGUUGAAGGAGAAAAAUCCCAAGAUUUAGAAGAACAUGAAGUAUCAGAAGUAGAACUAAAAGAAAAAGAAUCAGAAGAAGUUAUUAAAAAGAAGGAAUUACUGGGUUGUCGGAAAUUUAAAGAUGAACUUUACAAAUGGUAUCUAAGAAGAAGAGGCAAGAAUGCAGCCUGGUUAGAUGAAGGUGAAAAAAAAUGGUUUCUUAAAGAACAGGAAUAUAUGAUAAAGACUAUUCUCAAAAAUAAAAACAUAAACCUUCAAGAACUGGAUGACGCCAUAGAACCUCUUUAUAAAAAAGAGAAACAAUCAAGAGAUGUUGCUGUAAAAAUACUUGAUAUCCUGGAAAUGGCUGAUGACAUAUUUAAAAAAGAAGUUCAGGAAUUGGUAUUAGUUAGGAACUAUCAAAAUCAAUCCCAAGUAUCUUUAGAAAUCGAAAAGAUGAAUUUUGGUGAACUUGAAGAUGCUAUGGAAGCAAUAGAUCUUUAUUUUGGCAAAUCCUAUGAAAAAACUGAGGAAGAAUUGAGUAGGUUUGUAGACAUGAACCCAAUAACUAAAGAAUGGACUUUUGCUGAACUGUGUGAAAAGAACCAACAUAUUAGGGAUGCAUGGAAUGACAGAAGAGCGCUUCUGAAAAAAGAACAACAAUGGUCAAGAGAAUUGAUAGCAGAAGAACUUGAUAAAGCUGGUUGUGAGUAUUCUUGCUAUGUUAGUCACGAAGAAUCUUACCUUAAAAAAAAAUACGAACGAAGAAUAGAAAACAUUGAACAGCUUAAAAAAAUGUAUGGUGAAGAUUAUGACCCUUACUGGGAUUUACAUGAUAAAUAUGGUAGUAGGAGCAAAAAAAUAUCAGAAUCGAGUGAAGCCAAAUCAGGAACAAAACAACAAUUUAAUGAGUACGUAGAUGUUUUCAAAGUCAAUCCAGAAAGAUCCUCUUCAAAGCACCCACUACGUGAGGUUAAUGUUGUUCUUCCUCAAGGAAGUUUUUAUAGAAAGUACAUGCCACCUGAAAAGAAUAUCCCUUGGGAAAAACCAACACCAUACGAAGAACGUGUUUAUAGUCGUGCAAAAAGGUUCAAAGAUAAACUAGGUGAGUCUGAGAUGUCUGUUACCAGUGAUAGUUCGUCAAGUAAGGCUCCAACAAAUUUAGAAGAAAUAGAACCGGAUUAUCAAGCAGAAGCUGAAAAUUUGAAAAAUUCGGUUUUUAAAAUAGCACCCCCAGUGAAUGACAGUGAUUCCGAAGAAUCUGAAAGCAGUAGCAGCUCUACUUCAAAAGAUAAUGUAGAAAAAGAAGAAGGGAAAGAAUCAUGCAAAGAAUCAGUGGAUAAGUCUAAAAGUUCAGUGAGAUUUACUGAGCAUACAAAAAGAGCCUCUAUUGGAGCAAAAGAAGCAGGAAAGAAGACUAAAAAAGAAAUAGAUUUUGAAAAAGAAGAUAUUACUGGGCGUUAUCAUGGGCUGGAAGAUUUACGUAGGCUUGUGAAAGAAAAAAAAAUGAGGGGGGAAGAAUUCAUUGACAUCGAUGAUUUAUCCUCCUAUUCUUAUGAAUCUAUACUAGGUCCAAUUUCUACUUCGGCCUCAUCACCUGAUAUGUCCUUAAAAAGUGAUAAUUUGGUUUCAGAUGAAGAAGACUUCGAUGACAGUGAGGAUGAAUAUUUCAAAGAACAAUUAAAGGAGUUCUUAGAAGAAACACCACGAUAUGACCCACCUAAAGUAGUUCCUUAUGAUGACUCUGUUUAUGAAGAGGAACCGACUGAGGAAUGGAUGGAAGAUGAUCUUAAAAUAUCUCUGAAACCCCAAGACCAGGAGCAAGAAGAGGAAAGUGAAGAUGAAGAAGAGGGUCCUAAAAAACCUGACAUAAAAACAACGACUAUCUUGGAAAAAGAGAAAGCAGUAAGAGAUAAAGUAACAGAACUACUAGCGAUGGAAGAAUCUCCUGAUGUUAUUAAUACAGCUCCUCCUUUGGAUCCAAGUGGAUCUCAAAAUGAAAGGAUUAGGCAUCCGUUCGAAAAAAAAUGUAUGGAGGAUAUCAAUAUCCCAGAGUAG